AUGGCUACAAAUGUUUCGAUGCAGACUAGGUUAGGCAUUUCCAAUACAAAAGAUUCCAAUGACAACCGGACGUUAAACGCCGAACUUAGACAGUCCUCGAUGUCAGGGCUAAGCAAUAUCGACUUAUUUGAUAAAGAGACUAGUGUUAAUCAAGGUUUUUCUUUAAAUGCCAUAGAAAUCGACGACUCCAGUCAAAAUAUAUUCUCAAUCUCUCGAAGUCCAUCAAGCCAGCCUUCAACGAUGACACCCGGCAGGUCACUGGCUACGCCUUGUCAAGACACAAGAAUAUAUGAGCAGAGCAGUCUAUCUCCCUUUACGCAAUUUCAUGAGGGAAUUGACGAAGCCGUUAUGAGUUGUAUUGGAGAGUCGCUUGAACAUUCACUGAGAGAGUCAUCGAAUACGCCCAACACGAUGGACAUCGCGAAUCUUGAGAGCCCACAUUUUACUCGAAAUCUCACCUGCGCGCGAAAAAAAAGGAAGCUACCUGCUAGUACCACCCGGGAAUCAGCAAAAUCUAGCAGGCUACAUUUAUACAUUACUUCGGAGAAACAAAAGUGCCAGAGCUCCGGACUGCCUUUCUCCGAGACAGAAUUUGAUUUGGCGUUUAGCAAGAUUCCAAAUAUGUCAUUAGGUGCUCGUGAACUUGUCACUCUCAAGACUCUCUAUUUUGCAAUCGGAAGCCCAGAGUCUCUUGUCGCUUUGCAAGAAGUUUUCAAGGUGCAACGAAGGACAAUUGCAGGCAAAAUGCCACGAGAAGGGUACAAUCUUUCUCUUGCAGAAAGAGUAAAGGUUAUUGAAUGUAUAACUCCUAACAUUGCUUAUCAUGUCCUUCGAAAGAGAUGUCAUAUCUAUCAGCUCUUCGUUGAUAGCAAUAAAGGGAGUCGAAAAACAAUUGAUGGGUUUGUUGUUGAUACCGUGCAAAGCCUCACCACCCAGCCUCGCCACCAAACGGGAAAUCCCAAUAACCUUGAGAACUCUCGGAUAUCGGAAUUGAUCUUAAAAGAAUUAUACCCGACCUUGGAACCGAGCAGCGAAGGGUAUAAAGAGAAAAAACGAUUUGUUGGAAACUUGAGAAGACUGGGUGGACGUUUCGAUUUGAUGGUGAGAAAGUUUGGCUAUGGAAUAUUGGCCUUGCUUCAACUACCAAUAGAGGAACUAGCCGGAGAGCCAACCCUUGUCAUCACAGAUGAGCUGAUCUUAUCUAUCUCCGAUCUUAAAUUCAACUCAUUUCUUCUUUGCCUCGAUGACUUGCAGGGUGAAUAUCUUCGCGGAAUCAGCAACGCUAUCUCCCAGGCCGUUACUGCCCUCUUUCACAAUAUGUUAGAUCCGUCGAUAAUUUACGCUCUUGAGCAGGUUGAACCGUCACAAAUUCUCAAGAAUAGGAAGAUAUCUUAUGGACUCGUAAAUUUGAUCUCAUAA